UUGUUUAUUUAUCAGAGAUCUGGCAAAGUGGAAAUUGGUUAUCCAAGAAUAAUUGCAUCUACAUGGCAUGGCAUUCCAGAGCAAGCCAGUGCUGCUGUUACUUUUAAUAAUGAUCUCUAUUUUUUCGAUGCAAAUCGAGCCUAUAAAUUUCACACAGUCAACAUGACAGCAUCGCCAGCAAUUGACAUCUCGCAUUUGUGGCGUUUCUGCCCUGUUGCUAUGAAAAUUUCGUGUGGUACUCAUGCGCCACGUAUUUCGUCAAUUAUAUAUUUGCAGUCAUUGCUGUUACCGCUGCUGCUGUUCACUGAAUCUGUCGUUAUCUCGCACUGCUCGCCAUCUCAUUUCCUCUGUUAUUUUUGA